ACAAGUCCAACGCCCAACUAACGCUGGAUCUCGGCACGUCAGAAACACUGUAGGUUUGCCGAUGCAAAGAAUCUCAGUACUGAGUUGUGGUUAAGCAAAGCUGUUCUGAGGGUGUCAAGGCGAAGUGACCCAGUAAGACAACAAAAUGCUUGCCAAGAUUGCAUCCUUCGUCGUUCUCCUCCUGAUCCAUGUGGCCUCGUCGUCCGCCGACGGCGGCCAGUUCGUUUACCAAGGCUUCGCCGCGGCGAACCUCACGCUGGACGGGCUCGCCGCCGUGACGCCCGGCGGCCUCCUCGCGCUCACCAACGCCACGUUCCAGACGAAAGCGCACGCCUUCCACCCGUUGCCCAUCCACUUCCUCAACGCGUCCUCCUCGGCGGCGCCGGGGGCGCGGUCCUUCUCGACGUGCUUCGUCUUCGCCAUCGUGUCCGCCUACGACAGGCUCAGCGACCACGGCCUCGCCUUCGUGGUCACCCCGACCACCAACUUCUCCGCGGCGAAGGCCGGGCAGUACCUGGGCCUCCUCGGCGCGAUCAACGGCACGGCGACCGACCGCGUCCUGGCGGUCGAGCUCGACACCCUCAUGAACCCCGAGCUUCGCGACAUGAAUAGCAACCACGUCGGCGUCGACGUCAACCGUAUGAUCUCAGAGCAGGCCCAACCGGCCGGCUACUACGACGACGCGGGCGGCGGCGCCUGGAGAGGCUUGCAGCUAAACAGCCGGAAGCCGAUGCAAGUAUGGGUCGACUACGACGGCCAGGCCGGGCAGCUCAACGUGACGCUAGCUCCAGUGCGGGUGCCAAAGCCCAAGAAGCCUCUGCUCUCCGUGCCCGUUGAUCUUUCCACGUUCAUGGCGGAUACGAUGUACGUCGGCUUCUCGUCGGCGACCGGAGUCAUCGUCACGCGCCACUACGUGCUCGGGUGGAGCUUCAGCUUGGACGGGCCAGCUCCACCUCUCGACUUCUCCAAGCUUCCCGCCCUGCCACGCCUGGGUCCGAAGCCACGGUCCAAGGUCUUGGAUGUCCUGCUGCCACUCGCCACCGCGCUGCUCGUGGCCGCAGUGCUAGCAGCCUUCUUCUUCAUGGUAUGGAGGCGGCGCCGAUACGCCGAGGUGCGGGAAGAUUGGGAGGAUGCGUUUGGCCCACACCGGUUCUCGUACAAGGACUUGUUUCAUGCCACCAGUGGAUUCAAGGAAAGAAACUUGCUCGGCAUUGGAGGAUUCGGCAGAGUAUACAAAGGAGUACUUCCAGCAUCCAGUUUGGAGAUUGCAGUGAAGAGAGUGUCGCAUGAUUCAAGGCAGGGAGUAAGGGAGUUUGUUGCCGAGGUUGUGAGCAUUGGCCGCCUUCGGCACCGGAACCUCGUGCAGUUGCUAGGCUACUGCAGACGCCAAGGUGAACUUCUUCUGGUGUACGACUUCAUGGAAAAUGGUAGUCUUGACAAGUACUUGCACGAUCCACAGAUGCCCACUCUUUCUUGGCACGAGAGGUACAAGAUAAUCAAGGGUGUCGCAGCAAGCCUACUGUACCUACACGAGGAUUGGGAGCAGGUUGUCAUCCAUCGAGACAUCAAAGCAAGCAAUGUGCUGCUGGACCAUGAGAUGAAUGGCCGGGUCGGUGACUUCGGCCUUGCCAGGCUCUACGACCAUGGCACCGAUCCUCGGACCACUCAUGUGGUCGGGACCAUGGGGUACCUCGCACCGGAGCUCGUGCGGACAGGGAAGGCGACACCCUUAACCGAUGUGUUCUCUUUCGGCAUGUUCCUCCUGGAGGUCGCCUGUGGGCGGAGGCCGAUCGACCGCGACGACCACAACAGCCGAGUCGUGCUGGUGGAUCGGGUGAUCGAGCAUCACCGCAACGGAUCGAUCCUUGACGCGGUGGAUCCGCGGCUCGUGGGGAAGUUCGAGACGAAGGAAGCAGCCCUGGUGCUGAAGCUGGGCUUGAUGUGCGCACACCCGUUGCCCAAUUUGAGACCCACCAUGCGAAGAGUAGUGCAGUACCUGGACUCCGACCAACCGGUUCCUGAUCCGUCGCCGAGCUAUAUGAGCUACAGCAUGAUGUCGAUGAUGCAGAACGACGGGUUUGAUUCGUACGUCAUGUCAUCAAAACCAUCCAUGACUAGCAUUGGUGUAUCCUCUGUGAGUGUUCUCUCAGAGGGAAGGUGAUCUGUCAUUUCUGUAGCUCCUCGUGGUCGAUCUCACUUUCUGAAACUGACUAGUAGUUCUGAAUUGAAACAGGGAGUAUCCUGGGGAAAAAACAAUUCCAUCUUCCAAUUUCUGUGUUUCCCCUUCUCUAUGUUUUUGGAUCUAUGCCUUCAAAA